AUGAGAAGAGUAGAGAAGUUGAGAGGACUGUGUAAUUCGAAGUCACUCACUCAGAUUGGAUGGAUUUCAAAGCAGUUCCGCGCGGAGACACAUCGAGUAGCAGUGGCAGGAGAGGGUGCAGUGAAACGGAACGAAAGCGUUUCGCUCUUCCUGCAGACAUUACUGCUCGUUUCAUGCACCACAAAACUUCAUUUCCUGACCAGCAAAUUGCCGGAUGGCUGGAAGGAAGGAAGGAAGGAAGGAAGGAUGGAUGGAUGGAUGGAUGGAUUUACUUUCCGAAAUAGGAAGAAGCCAUUAGGAAAUAAUUCAUCCGUACUCCUACUGCUUUAUACUGCGUGCUGCUACUUUCCUCUUCAUUUUUGCUACCGCAGCUCUCAGUAA